AUGUGCGGAUUCGACGACUUGCCAACAGAAGUCUUUGAACAGAUCAUCGACGACGUGACGAGUCUCCGAGAUCUGAGCUCUCUCAGCCGCUGCAACCGUGGACUUUACUGGGCAGUUUCAGAUAAACUCUUUACAAGGGCAUUUGAUAGACGUGCCGCGUCGAAAGGAAUCGAUCAUGCGGUCUCGCAUGUCUUUAUGCAUACCGUCAAACACGACUCGCGGCAUCUGAUCCAGUGGUUGAUGUUUCGCCAGCAUGGCCCGAGAUUAAGAGGACCGUUUCCUUUGAUGGAAAGUUUUACUUUUCUCCAUUACGCACUACUACAGGAUGCUCCCAAGGUAGCGAUUCAACUUCUUAAGCACGGAUCCGAUCUUGAUGAAGAUGCCGCUCUUUAUCCAGACCUAAAAUCCCUGUAUAUUUCAGUGGCCAGGCCUCAUAGCAACAGUCUUGGCGCACUGGACGGGGCUCUUCGCAUCGCAAGUAGCUAUGCUCUUCCAAGGAUGGCGGAGUAUCUCCUUAUUCGCGGCGCUGAUCCGAACACGUACAGCGCAUUCGGUUUUGCGGCAAUUCACAUCGCCGUGAGUAAAAGGGUACCAUGGGCGCAGUUCAAAAUGUUUGCCUGGUUUGAAGGCCAAAAAGAUGCAGAGAGUGCUCUAUGGAAUGCUAAGAACGCUCGCACUGCGGAAGUCUUGCUUCGUUUUGGCGCUGAUUCCAGUCUUCCCAUCCAAGGCUAUCGCAGUCAUUCGUGUGGAGCAAAAUGCUGGAAGUCAUUGGCCUGUUGUCCCAGGGAGCAGCGAGUUCUGCAUGUUGCAGCUGGCGGAGGAUCUCUUGCAGUCGUUUCGAUGCUUGUCAAGCAGAAAGUGAGCUUUUUCCAAGCCGAUGGGGAAGGAAACUUACCUUUGUUUCACGCUAUGGUUCAAGGUCAUGAUGAAAUCGUUACCUUUCUUAUGGAACAAAUGCGGCUUGUUCAACGGCGCAGAAAGAAGUCGACAAAUGCAAUCAUCUGCAAGUCUACACAGAGCACUUUGCUACACAUCGCCUGUCGAUUUGGAUACUCUGAUGUGGUCAGCGCCCUCAUAAAGGGCGGUGCUGAUGUGAAUGUGGAGGAUGCUCUAGGCCGACGACCGAUACACGAAGCUCUUGGGCAAUGCGCUUCUGAUAUGGAGGACCGUAUCGUGGAGACCCUUUACCUUCUUUCAGAGAAUGAUGCUUCCCCAGAUGUUGUUGACUAUGACGGCAGGAAAGCCAGGGGGCUUGGGGAGAAGCACAUUUUUUCCGGUGUGCGAGCCCUCUUCGAGUACGCCACUAUGGCAAAAUAUGAGUGGUCCCGGCUCACAGAGUCGCAACGACCUGAGAAAUCUGAAAUGGUCAAUAAGGUGCUGAACCAGGUAAGGGCUCAGGCUCGACCCAGUAAAAAGGAUCACCAGAAUUCUGAAUUCCCCUCGCUUGCUGCUCUUAAAGCAAAGGCUGCAACCAAGGUCACCAAGUCCCCGAAAGCCGCCGUUUGGGUCCAGCAGGAGACGUUCCCUGAGCUGAAGCCUUCGAUGAGAGCUCCCCAACUGCAGAAUAAAACGGCAAAGUCUGCUUCAAGCGCAGGUUCGGUUUGGGAUGCUCCUCAGAGCACCACUAAACCAGCGGAUGUUGUUGCAGAGACGGAGGUCAAGCAAACUGUGAGCAAGGAAGGUGGCAAGAAAAAGAAGAAGUGGAUGCCAGUAUCGCUUAAGAACAUUCCUUGA